AUGCGUAAUCAGAGCGAAUAUGAAGGUUUUUGGUCAAUAAAGGGCGAAGUAUCAAAGAAAUCUAAAAGACGGAAGCUAGAACGCAAGAUAAAAGAGACCCAAGGAAUUCGUUUUUCGUGUAUGCACAAUACGCGACGAGCAAAUUUACCACUAGAACCUUAUCAUGAUAACCUCGGUAAUUACGAAAGGAGUGUAAGAAGAAGAGCUCGUAUACCCGAAGUUAUGAACAACGAGGGAAACAAUUAUGAUGAACAAGGGCGGUUCAAUCCUCUAAUGGAUGAAGGGGAGCAACAAUAUCCACCCGCUCCUCCAUUAGGGAAUGCGAACCGACCAAGGCAACAAGACCACCCGAGGGAUGAUCGACCCCAAAAUCGUUGUGCCUUCUUUGGGUUGAGUCACGAGGACCCUAAUGAGCAUAUCGCCAAGUUUUUGGGUGUUCUAAACACAUUCAAGCUUCAUGGGAUAACGGCGGACCAAAUUAAGCUUCAGAUGUUCCCCUUCUCCUUGACGGACAAAGCUAGCAUUUGGUUGCAUUCUCUACCGAAUGAGUCCAUUCACAAUUGGAGGGAGUUGGCUCAAGACUUUCUUAACAAAUAUUUCCCCCAUGGCAAGACUACAAAGUUAACCAAAGACAUACUUGAGUUUGUCCAAUUUGAAGGAGAAUCACUUCAUGAGGCAUGGGAGCGGUUUAAGGAUUUACAACGGAGUGUGCCCCAUCAUCGGCUCAAUAGAGAGCAUGUUAUACAAAUUUUCUAUGAUGGGACCAAUGUCACUACCCGAGCUACUAUCGAUGCGGCUUCGGGCGGUUCGCUUAUGCAAAAGACUUAUGAAGAAGCUCUUGAAUUGGUGGAGAAAUUGGCCGUGGUUAGUAGUACUUGGGGUCCUAUGGAUAGAAGAGCACCAACCACUCAAAAGUCGCUUAUGACUCUUGAUCAAGUGAGGGAGAUGGAGUCCAUAAAAGCUGCAAAUGCUUCGCUCCAAGCUCAAGUGGAUGCUCUCAAGAAACAAGUCGCUCCUAUGCAAAGAAAUGCUCCGGUGGCUUAUGUUCAAGUAGGUUGUGAAUUUUGUGGUGACUUUGGCCAUUCGGGAGGAGAGUGCCUAGUUACGGGGCAAGCUUUGAGUGAGCAAGUAAACUACACUGGGGGACAAAGGCCUCCACAACAACAAGGUCACUAUGAAGGCAAUCAAGGUCCAGGGUACAACUAUGGUGGUAGACCUCAACACCCACCCGGUUUUCAACCACAACGGAAUGUGGAUGAUGGGAAUGUGCUUUACAAGGUGCUAGAGAAGUUGGAUAAAAUGGAUCCAAGAGAGCUUGAUGCUAGGCAAAGGGAAAAGAACCAAGCUUCCACGAUCCAUCAUUUAGAGACUCAAAUCUCCCAACUUGCCAUUAAUCUUCAAGGUAGACCUCAAGGAGGAUUGCCGUCCACUACGGAAACUAAUCCUAGAGAGCAUGUGAAAGCCAUCAAAGUUGUGGAGCUUUGA